GGUAAGCUGAAAACCAGACCAUAAAAAUCAGCUGAGUGUGGAGGUUGAUUGUUGUCUUCCACCUCUGACCUUGCUCUUUCAUCUCUCCGCUCCUCUUCCCUCAUCAGCGCUGCUAUACCUCAAUGGACCUGACCCCUCAGCAGCUUAGCCAGUACAACGGCUCCGACCCAUCUAAACCUAUUUACGUCGCUGUCAAGGGCCGUGUCUUCGACGUCAGUGCUGGCAAAUCCUUCUAUGGCCCCGGCGGCCCUUACGCCAUGUUCGCUGGCAAGGAUGCCAGCCGCGCUUUGGCCAAGAUGAGCAAAAACGACGAGGAUGUCUUGCCCUCCCUCGAUGGUCUCUCCGAGAAGGAGAUCGGCGUUCUCAACGAUUGGGAAAAGAAGUUCGAGGCUAAGUACCCUGUUGUUGGCCGUGUUUCCUUUUAAUUCCCCGCCUCCGCAUUUAUUGUCAUCUAUGAUUGUAUCUUUAUGUUUAUUGUGCUCGUAGCCGUGUGAAUUGGGGUUCUCUUGCUUCUGAUUAUCUGACUAUUGUUCAAAUCGGACUCUGUUUCUGCUCUUGAAUGUAAGUACAAUCGCUUAUCAGUGCAAUAAUAAAACUCCAUCUGGGUUAUUCCA